AUGGCCUCGACCAGUGGCCUCUCGCGCCGUCGCGCCGUCCCCUCUGCCUCGUCCCCGCCAGCAUCCGGCACCUCGCACCUCUCGACCUCGCAAGGACACGCCCGCCCAGCCUCGCCCGCCGCGCUCCCGACCGCCCAGCCAGGCCACAAGAUCGCUUACGACGAGCGCGAUCUCGGUGACGUCGAGGAGGACCGCAUCAACCCGCGCCUGACCCUCAUGGAGGAGGUCCUCCUCCUCGGCCUCAAGGACAAGCAGGGCUACCUCUCGUUCUGGAACGACAACAUCUCGUACACGCUCCGCGGCUGCAUCGUCCUCGAGCUCGCGCUGCGGCACCGCAUCGCCAUGGUGCGCGACCCGGGCCGCCGCCGGUUUCCGCUCGCCGACCGCUAUAUCGAGGUCGUCGACGACCGCCUCACGGGCGAGGUCCUCCUCGACGAGGCCCUCAAGAUGAUGAAGGGCUCGGAGCGCAUGAGCGUCGGGACCUGGAUCGACCUCAUGAGCGGCGAGACGUGGAACGUCAUGAAGAUCGGGUACCAGCUCAAGCAGGUGCGGGAACGGCUCGCCAAGGGCCUCGUCGACAAGGGCGUCCUGCGCACCGAGAAGCGCAACUUUCUCCUGUUCGACAUGGCGACGCACCCGGUGUCGGACCCGGCCUUCAAGGACGACGUCCUGCGCCGCACGCUCGGCCUCUUGACGGCGCGCACGGCCGCCGUCCCGACGAGUCACCUGUACGGCGACGCCGUGCGGUACCGCACCGUGCGCGCCGUCGCCAUGGUGUGCGCCGCGUUCGCCGCCAACGUGCUCGAGAACGCGCUCGUCCACCUCGGGUACGACCAGCGCGAGAACGCGUUCGCAAAGGCCGACGAGCUCCUCGCCGACUUUAGCCAGUGGCCGUUCGGCGCGUACCGCGAGGGCGGCGACAUUGGCGGCGGCGGCGCAGGAGGAGGCGGCGGGGCAGGGGCGGGCGCAGGGGGCCGGCCACGGCCAGCAGGGAUCGCGACGGGCGGGAGCGCGGCGAGCGCAGAGAGCGCCAACCUGGCCGAGAUUAUGCGGCUCGCGCGCCUCGAGAUUGUCGGGCAGGGCAGCGGCGACGAGCCGGGCGACGCCGAGCGGCAGACGAUGCGCGAGCUGCACCUCGAGGUCGUCGCUGCGUGCAUCGAGGUGUUCAGGAGGAUGGACUCGCUCCUCUAGACUCGCCUCUCUAUCGUCGCCUCGUCGGCGCCGCCUCUUUAUACCGCGCAGCGUCGUCGCCGUCCUCCUCCUCGUGCGCCCGGACCUCGCCCUCUCCCUCCUCGGCCUGCGCCCUUCCCUCUCGCCUUUCCCCUCCCCCCUCUUUCGUCACCGUGUCCUGCAGCAGUGUUCAGUAGUUCCCUCCCUGUCCUCCCCCCUCGCCCCUUGCGACGCGGCGGGCCACCUUUUUGCAUCCUG